UGUAGAUAUGCCAAAGACUAAGCGUUGGCAGAACUUGCAAAAACCAGUUCAGUCACUACCGAUUUCACAAGGUGUAGCACAGCCAACACUGCCAGUUCAGGAAAAUGCACAACCACCACCGUUAAUUCAGGCCGCAUCACAGUCGACUUCAUCAAAAUCCAGGCCGCAUCACAGCCGGCACCAUCCAGGAAUCGUGUUGGAUGGGAAUCUAAUACUGCGUUGGACCGUAGAUGCAAUAGUUCAGUCACUACCUACUUCACAAGGUGUAGCACAAUCGACGCUGCCAGUUCAGGCCCAUGCACAACCGACCCCGUCAAUUCAGGCAACAAGACGGUUGGCUUCUCUCUCUCGGGGGCUUAUUAUGCUUUCAAUUAAUUUUAUGUGUAAUCUGUAGCAACUUCUAUGAUUUGCUGAUUAGUUAGAUCUGUAAUGUGUUGUAGUGAAAUCUGUUAUAAGCUGCUGGCAGAAUAGGAGCUUAUA